AUGAUCAAGUUCUUUAGUUUCCCUAUUCAGGAAAUUGAGAGGGCACUCAUCCUUGAGUUGCCUGGCCUAAGGACCACAACAAGAUGUAUAAUAGUCCAAAGUGCUUAUGAAUCGCUUGCUGAUGUCUGUGUUAAUUCGGCAAUGGCAAGCAUACGAAAUAUGACUGUGGAUCAGCUUAAUGACCUUCUUUACAAUGAAACACGUUUCGAUGCAUUGAUUGACAGUCUUCCUCAGAUUCGAUCACUUCCAACGGAAAGAGAAGCAGGACUUGCACAGAAUAAAUCUCUGGCUGAAUGGAAUCUAGCACAGGAGCCGAAGCUGAACCAAUUACGAACGCAGGUCAAAGCUCUCCACGAUCAAACGGCUACACUGCGCUUGGAAGUUGAAUCCUUAAAAGUUAAAUUGGAUGAGGUUUCGUCUUCCAAAUCUCUUGUUACGACGAGCAACCUUUUGCAGGUCGCAGCCCAGGAAGCGGAUGAUGAGGCUGAAAGUACGACAAAGGCUUUCCUUGCGGGGACGAUUUUCGCUGAGCAAUUCCUGAAGGAUAUCCUCGAGAAAAAGACGCUAGCUCACUUGCGGAAAAUU